CGCGCCUCCUUCCGCACGGACCGGUCAGUGCGCGCAGCGGGCUGCGUCACUUUGGCGCACCGGUUUGGACGUGACCUGAGCGGACUGGGCCUGCUGACUGAGCGGUACCGACGGCAGCUGGAGGUCGUGGGACGACGUCUUGUGGACGGGCGCGUGCUGCUGCGCGGACGGUCGCCGAGCCCGGAGAUCGUCUCCGUGCGCGUUUUUGCGUUCCUCCCGGGAUCGGACUUUGGUUUGGGAUUAUUGGCUCUGAGGGAUUCGGGGAUUUGGAUGUUUUUUGGCGCAGGAGUCCGUGCGGAGAGACGCGGCUGAUGGCGCAACGAUAUGAAGACCUGGCCCACUAUGGGAUGGGGGUUGUGUACGGAGACCCGCACCACCUACACCCAGUCCACCAUCAUCACGUCACCGCGGCUCGAUCCCUGCACACAGCACACCUGGCCACACCCCCCGGCCCGUAUCCACCGCACCAGUAUGCCCAGUCCACCCAGUCCACCCACACCGGCAGCAUCGGCGUAGCUGGAGACACGGUCAGGAGGGACAAAGACGCCAUUUACGGACAUCCUUUGUUUCCUCUCUUAGCACUGAUUUUUGAAAAAUGUGAACUCGCAACUUGCACACCGAGAGACAGCGGCUUGGCCAGAGGAGACGUCUGCUCCUCGGACUCUUUCAAUGAGGACAUCGCCGUCUUCUCCAAGCAGAUCAGGUCAGAGAAGCCUUUAUUUUCAUCAAAUCCAGAGCUGGAUAAUCUGAUGAGCCAGGCGAUACAAGUGUUGCGGUUCCACCUUCUAGAGCUGGAGAAGGUUCACGAGCUUUGCGACAAUUUCUGUCACCGAUACAUCAGCUGUUUGAAAGGAAAAAUGCCGAUUGAUCUGGUUAUAGAUGAGAGAGACGGAAACAAAUCAGACAGCGAUGACUUCAUGGGGUCAUCAGGGAACAAUGGGGAUCAGCUAUUGUGGAGCAGAGAUCACGACGACGCGGCCUCCAUCCAUUCGGCUGGGACACCGGGACCGUCCAGCGGUGGACACACGUCCAACAGCGGCGACAACAGCAGCGAACAAGGUGACUGCCUCGAAAACGGGAUGGCCUCUCCCAGCACCGGAGACGACGACGACCCGGACAGAGACCGGCUGCACAACAAGAAGAGAGGCAUCUUCCCUAAAGUGUCCACAAACAUCCUCAGGGCGUGGCUCUUCCAGCACCUCACGCACCCGUACCCAUCAGAGGUACAGAAGAAGCAGCUGGCGCAGGACACCGGCCUCACCAUCCUGCAAGUCAACAACUGAUUCAUCAACGCGAGG